GAACGGGAGUACUUGCUAUGGCAAGGAAGUGGAGGAGGAACAGGAAGAGAAAGAGAAAGUCGUCAUCCGAUCUGCUUGAUCUGCCACUGGACAUUAUAAUCGAUAUACUAUGCAGGCUUCCCGUCAAGUCAAUAAUACAAUGCAGGAGAGUCUGCAAAACUUUACGUACCAUAAUCACUUCAAACCCUCAAUUCGCUGAAAAUCACUUGUCGAGGUCGCCAGUCCAGUUUCUCCAUCAAAGUGGCUCCUUUUCUAGAACUUUUCAAUUGUUCGAGUUCCAGCACGAGAACGACGCCGCUUUUAGUAUCCCAAUCAAAUUUAAUAUCAAAAGGUCUAACCUUUUUGUCCUGAGUUCGUGCGACGGGUUUCUCUGUCUUGGUGACCGCAGCCGGUUUUAUAAUCCCGUUAAGAUGUGUAAUCCGGUCACCGGCGAGUAUAUAAAUUUACCUGAAAAGGGCUUGGACAAGAGGAUAGAAGGGGUGGUCGUUUCAGGGUUCGGUUACAGUUCCAUAAGCAAACAAUACAAGGUGGUGCGUUGGGUCCGUCGAAAAAUUGCCGCCCGAGAGGAGCAUGAUAAUGUUGCUGUGGUGACUGAGUUAUACACGCUAGGUGACGAGUCAUGGAGGAGAAUAUCUGAUGCUCCCAAAUUUGAGUACGACAUUUUUAUGAAUUUCCCUAGCUCGGCUAAUGGAGUGUUCUUGAAUGGAUUGUUUCACUGGAUUUCUUAUCGUAAAUGUGGUUCAUAUCGUUCAUAUUAUAUGGUGUCAUUUGAUUUUGAAAGCGAGAAGUUUAAUGUUGUGCUGUUGGCUCCAUCAUGUAGACCUAAGUUUACAGCGAUGUUGAAUGAGGUGGUUGUGGGAGUUCUUGGAGUUUGUCUUUUUAUAAAUGACAGUGAAUUUGGUUUGUGGGUGAUGAAAGAUUAUGGAGUCCAAGAAUCUUGGACUCGGUUGAGCUGCUCUUCACAUAACAUGCACUUUCUGCCUAUUAAAUAUUUGAGAGAUGGGAAAAAAAUAAUGUUAGGAAGCUACACAAAGAUGGGAUUUCGUUGGUAUGAUCCCACAAAGGCUCCUCCAGACUGUUUUGGUACUAUUAAUCUUCCUGCUGUUCCAAGAAGAGGACUAUUUAAGAUAAUUGCCCAUAUUCCAAGCUUUUUCUCAUUCAAGGAUCUUAUGAAACAGAGACAACAAGGUCCUUUAACAUUUUAGCAUAGGGUGGCUGGUUCUUUGGUUCUUUCAAAGUGGACAAUUGUUUGGGUCUUUAUAUAUAUCCACGUGUAUUUUAGUAAUUAAGAGUAAUAUUUCUGCCAUA